AAUUACGAGCGCCUCAUGAGCGCCCCUGAGGCGCGGACUACAUCUCCCAGCCUGCCCCACGGCCCCUGCCCGGGACGCCAUUUCCUGCGGGCGGCCGGGGCGCGGCGUGCAGCCAUCGCUCUGCGGCGGGGACCGGCGGGGAGCGGCGGCGCCAUGGCAUCCAUUUCCCUUGCACCCGUGAACAUUUUCAAGGCAGGUGCCGAUGAAGAAAAGGCAGAAACAGCUCGGCUGUCAUCCUUUGUUGGUGCAAUUGCCAUCGGUGACCUAGUCAAGAGCACUCUGGGGCCUAAAGGCAUGGACAAGAUUCUGCUAAGUACUGGGAGAGACAGCACGGUGACAGUGACCAAUGAUGGUGCAACCAUCCUGAAAGCUAUUGGAGUUGACAACCCAGCUGCCAAGGUCUUGGUUGAUAUGUCAAAGGUUCAAGAUGAUGAAGUUGGUGAUGGAACUACGUCUGUCACAGUGUUGGCAGCUGAAUUACUGAGGGAGGCAGAAUUGCUGAUUUCUAGGAAGAUUCAUCCUCAGACCAUCAUUGCAGGCUGGAGAGCAGCCACAAAAGCUUCAAGAGAGGCACUUUUGAAAGCAGCUGUGGAUCAUGGUGAUGAUGAAGCCAAGUUCCGUGAAGACUUGAUGAACAUCGCGGGAACGACUCUCUCAUCAAAGUUACUCACUCAUCAUAAAGAUCACUUUGUCAAGCUGGCUGUCGAAGCUGUUCUUAGGUUGAAAGGUUCUGGUAAUCUGGAGGCUAUCCACGUCAUUAAGAAACUUGGUGGAAGUCUGGCUGAUUCUUACUUAGAUGAAGGGUUUUUGCUUGACAAAAAGAUCGGUGUAAACCAGCCAAAAAGAAUUGAAAAUGCAAAGAUUCUUAUUGCAAAUACUGGCAUGGAUACAGAUAAGAUUAAGAUUUUUGGCUCUCGCGUCAGAGUGGACUCGACAGCAAAGGUAGCAGAAAUAGAACAGGCAGAAAAAGAAAAAAUGAAGGAGAAAGUAGAGCGUAUUCUUAAGCAUGGAAUAAACUGCUUUAUUAACAGGCAGUUGAUCUACAACUACCCUGAGCAGCUCUUUGGGGCCGCUGGCAUCAUGGCAAUUGAGCAUGCGGACUUCGCUGGUGUGGAGCGCCUGGCUCUUGUUACAGGUGGUGAAAUUGCAUCAACCUUUGAUCACCCUGAGUUGGUAAAAUUAGGAAGUUGCAAGCUUAUUGAAGAAGUCAUGAUUGGAGAAGAUAAACUCAUUCAUUUCUCUGGUGUGGCAAUGGGUGAAGCUUGCACCAUAGUUCUGCGUGGGGCAACGCAGCAGAUUCUGGAUGAAGCAGAGAGGUCUUUGCAUGACGCUCUCUGCGUUCUUGCCCAGACUGUGAAGGACACUCGAACUGUUUAUGGUGGAGGUUGUUCAGAGAUGCUGAUGGCUAACGCUGUUACAGAACUUGCCAUCAGAACACCUGGCAAAGAAUCUGUUGCAAUGGAGUCCUUUGCUAAGGCUUUGCGAAUGAUCCCAACAAUCAUAGCUGACAACGCUGGCUAUGACAGCGCCGAUUUGGUUGCUCAGCUCAGGGCUGCGCACAGCGAAGGGAAGAGUACUUACGGACUUGAUAUGAAAGAGGGUACCAUUGGAGACAUGGCAGUCUUGGGAGUGACGGAAAGCUUCCAAGUCAAGAGACAAGUUCUGCUGAGUGCAGCUGAAGCAGCAGAAAUGAUUCUUCGUGUAGAUGACAUUAUUAAAGCAGCACCAAGGAAACGCGUCCCAGACCAUCGCCCAUGUUAAAUUUUCUCCAGUACCCAAAGAUGUGUGGACCAGAUCUCACCGAGCGUUUUUUUAGGCGAUUUUUUGUGAGGUUAUGGAACAGAAGCUUGAGAUGAGCAGCUCCAUCAACGGCACGAAGUAAAUGCCUUCAGUUGAUUUUAACUUAUUUCAGUUUACACGUGUUGGGGGGAAGAUUUAAUUGUACAACCCCGGUUCCUUUCCAGCUUCCACCUAAGAUACACUGAAAUAAAUAAAAUCAUAUUCAUCAAA